UCACAUCCAUCACAGCUCCACAGCUCCAGCUAGCCGCAGCUAGCCAUGGAGAACCGUUCCCUUCAGCUGGUCCUUCGCUGGGUCCUGGCCAGCGUGGCCACUUGGAGCGUCAGCUGGUGGUGCCUGGCGCCCACAGAUUGCCAACGGCACGCAGCAUGUGCUCAAGAGAUGCAGAAAUUGCCAGGACGUCAUUACUUGAUCUCCAUGACCGCGUUGUUGGCCAUGGCCUUCUACGAGCUGUGUGGCCUUGUGGCCACAUACUUUGACAGCAAGCACGUGCAAGCCUUGAUCCCUCACAUCAAGAGCAGGUGUUUGCCGAGUUUCCUCCUGACCUUGAUCUUCUCUCACUUGGCUCUGGUCGAGUGGCUCUUCUCCCGCUCAGCAUGGCAUGUCGCCCACGUGGGCGCGGAUGGACUGCGGCCCAGCUUGACGCUGCGAUACGUGGAAUGGACCUUUGAUGUGCCCAUCAUGUUCGUCCUGUGUGGCUAUUGCUGCUUGGGUCGUCCCCUGAAGGAAGUCUCCAAGCCAUUGAUGGUGACGAACUUCUACAUCAUCCUCUCCUGGGUGGCCUCCCUGACCCCCAAUGCUUGGAUGAAAUGGUCCAUGAUCCUCGUGGCGUUCAGCCUCUACGUGUGGGUGGCACAGAUGACGGGCGUGUGGACACGACGCUUCGAGGAGGAUGCUCCACUGGAGCUCCCUUGCCGCGAGUUGAGGCCCCUCCUUUGUUACGGGCUGAAUCUGGAGUUCUUCCUCUACGGCGUCAUUUACCUCCUGGCGGCCGGUCACCUCAUCGGCAGCGACACCGAACGCCUCUGCUACUUCUGCUUGAACUUGGGCAGCAAGUUGGCCUUGGCCGCCGUCUUCGUGACGCUGCGCGCGAAGGAAUACCAUAUGACCUUGACUGAAGUGCUGAAGAAGGUCAGUGUUUCCAACUUAGGUAUGAUCUCCAUCCUGCGGAGCAGCUUUGACAUGAUCUUGCCCUGUGUCUUAGACACCUUGGGCUGCUGCAAGUUGCCCCAACAGACCUCAGGAGACAUGCAGAAGCUGGAGCACAUGUUGGGCUGCCCCGUCGCAGGUGCCAAUCUCCUGGACUUCUUGCCGGCCAAGGAGGACCAGGCCAACUUCUCCGCGUACAUCCGCAACGUGCUACGCCAGGCGGAUGCGGAGGCCUCGUGCGCGGCCUUGAAGACCUGCGGCACGUGGGACGGCGGCACCGUGCCCAUGGCACAGGUCCUGCACACCAAGAUCCAGGGUUCAGGGCCCACCUUCCAGGCCACGUUGCACCUCUCGGUGGUGCCGCGCUCGCGCUUCGGCGGCCGCGAGGGGCGGCACCUGGUGUGCGCCUUGACGCUGGGCACUACGUCGGUCGACGAGAAGGACGAGACGGAAGGGAAGCUUCACUUCGAUGCCUUCGACGAGCGCCAGACCUCCGAGACACCCUCCACGGCGGCCACCAGCGAAGAUGCGGCCAGCCGCAGUGGGCGGCUGGUGGCCAGCUUGAAGGAUUUGAAGGCCUUAGGCGCCAGCAGCGUGCUAGGCGUGCCUGAGGCAGACGAGGAGGGCAGCGUUUGGGCGGACAGUGCUUGGGGCUUGUCAGACCAUGAUGGUCCCAUGCCGCAGCCCGCCGUGGCGCAGGACGCACGCAUCGUGGGCGUUUGGGAGGGUGUGGUCAGUCAGGAGCUGGGCGCCUACCACCAGCGGCUGGAGUUUAAGAACGACUGUGUGACGGCCAGCGUGACGGUCUUGAACCGCCAGAUGCCUGCGGAAGUGCACAUGAACUGCUCGGUGGAACCCUGUGAACUCGAUAUUGUGGUCUUCCCUGAACGGAGUAGCUGUCCCCCACCGGCGAUCCCCUAUAUCUUCAAGAUUGAGGAUGGGCAGUUGCACCUCUGUGGACCUUCAGGCUCUGCCAUGAGGCGCGCGAAGGCCUUCACUGGCCCGGGCCUUUGCAUCAUGGAGCGUGUGAGCCACGAACGCCCCGUUCCGCGCGCUGCAUGUGCUCUGGAGCCCCUUCCGGAGCCGGAACAGCCGACGGUGAAGGCAGUCACCGGGACCUCGGGGCAAACCCCUAGGGCGAUCGCCGCCUUGGCUUGGCGAGCGCGGCGCGUCCUCGGGGCGUCCGAACUCGAGGCCAGCGAGCUCGAGGACUGGCCGCCAGCUCGGCGCGGCUCAGUGCGCUCCGGCCGCGUGGGCCUGGCCGUGCUGUGCACGACCCUGGGCGUGGCCGGAGCCCUGUUGGCCGCGAAGAAGCGGUGAAGGCACGCGCGGUCUCCGAGGCCAUUCGGAGACGUCGGACGGAUGAGGCGGAGGCGCAGGCGCAUGGAGUCAUCGC